AUGGCUCACGCGUAUGGACACCAAGGCCCACCGGGCAUGCCGAAGCAAUUUGUACUUUGCUUCGAUGGUACGGGAAAUAAGUUUGCAGGUGACGAGUCGGAUAGCAAUGUGCUCAAGAUAUUUCGCAUGCUCGACCGCAGCAAGAGCCACCAGUACCAUUACUAUCAGCCGGGUAUUGGCACAUAUGUGACUUCCAAGUCACUAACCAGCCAUGGCCGAAUUGCACGCAUCAGGUCUGCCUAUCAAAAGGCCAAGGACUCGGCGGUCGGCUCCUCCUUUGACGAGCAUGUCAUGGGUGGGUACAAGUUCUUGAUGCGAUACUAUUCGCCUGGUGAUGAUAUCUUCUUUAUCGGGUUCAGUCGCGGAUCAUACAUCGCGCGAUUCCUGGCGGAGAUGCUGGACUAUAUUGGUCUGCUUGAAGCUGGAAACGAAGAGUUGGUUCGUUUCGCAUGGAAGACAUUCGCAAAGUGGCAGCAGCGGUGCGACGACACGGACGAGAACCGCGAAGAAAAGAAGAGACUAUUCGCAUAUAUGAAGGCCUUCCGCGAGACCUUCAGUCGUCCCAUCUCGCGUAUCCGCUUCAUGGGUCUCUUCGACACUGUUAAUAGUGUGCCACGUUUCGAGUCCGCAUGGAUGCAGCGCACCAAGUUCCCUUACACAGCACGCAGUUCGGCCAAGAUAAUCCGCCACGCCGUGGGUAUUGACGAACGCCGCGCCAAGUUCCGUCAGGAUCUGAUCUCGGGACAGCGUCCAAAGGAGAAAAAGCAGCAUCGUCGUAGCCGCCGCCAUUUGCCUAAGCAUCUCUUCCAUCAGGACCACAAAGAACCGAAACCUCAACAGGAACACCCGGAUAACGUCCCCGCUAUUCGCGUCAAUGACCACUCCGAGGAGGAACAAGAGGAAGCAGAAAAUCAGGAGCCUUCAUUCCAAGUUCCAGGAUGGGGACCCAGUGCUGGGGAAACAUACUACCACACUGGGCGUCAUGGUGUACACCCCACCUCGCGCCCAGGCUCACAGCAAACUUCUCGCGCCCCAAGCCCAAACGGAACAACGCAGCCCCAACCAUACCGUGCGCCCUCUCCCCGACGCAGACUCGCAGUACCGAAACCGUCGAUAGAUGAUCUCCAUCUCCACACGGUGCCGAGCAAAGAUUCAUUCCACAGCAUCCACUCCAACACGCUCUCGGUUCAGGCUCCGGCCACUAUAGACGCCGACGUCAGCGAAGACGAAGAUGAUCAAGACAUCCACGAGGUCUGGUUCCCGGGCUGUCAUGCAGACAUCGGCGGAGGAUGGAAACUAUCUGACACUGAGUCGUGGGCGCUCAGCCACGCGCCACUCGUGUGGAUGACACAGGAAGCCCACAAGGCCGGACUCGAGCUGGAUGAGCGCAAGAUGAAAGAGUUCCAGUGCCUGGAGGAGUUUGAUGGCGACUACGCUCCCAUCCAGGAAGAGAUCAACGCCCGUCGGCCGAGCCGGUGCGUUGAACUUCAUGCUACUGACGGUGACGCUUUCCGCUCUGCGCCUAACGAAAAGGAGCGUUCUGCGGCGAGUCGUGAUUUCUGGCAUGCGCUACAUACCUCCAGUACCAAAGGUCUGGUGCAUGACUGCCUGAUGUUUAACCAGGGUAUUCCGGGCAUGUCUGUUAUUACAUGGCGCAUCAUGGAGUGGCUGCCCUUCCGUCGUAUGGAUUUGCAACCUGAUGGGUCGUGGAAGCCGAUUAGCUGGCCGUUGCCUCGUGGUGAGGUGCGAGAUGUUCCGCAUGAUGCUGAGAUCCACGUUUCUGCUAUCCGGCGUAUGCAAGCGGAUCCCACGUAUCGUCCUGGUAAUGUGAUUGUCGGCGGAGGCGGCCGGGGUAUCCGUGUGGCACCAGAAAAGUAUGGUAUGGGUGAGUGGGUGGUGUUCAGGAAUGAAGGUGAUGGGGUGCGGGAGACUUAUAUCCGGAAAGAUGUCUCUAAGUGCAAGGAGGGCAAAGAAAUCAACUAUUAA